AUGGACUAUAAUAGGAUGAACUCUUUCUUAGAGUACCCACUCUGUAAUCGUGGUGGACCCAACGCCUACAGCACCCACAGCACCCCUACCUCCUUCCCCACCAGCUCGGCUCCGGUUGUUGACAGCUAUACUGGGGAGACGCGCUAUGGUGGGGGGCUGCCCAGCCCGGCUCUCCAGCACAACUCGGGCUAUCCAGUCCAGCAGCCGUCUUCAGCUCUGGGGGUACUACCUUUCCCUGGCUCCGGGCCCUCAGGCUACGCCCCAGCAGCCUGCAACCCCAGUUAUGGGCCUUCUCAAUACUACCCUCUGGGCCAACCGGAAGAUGGAGGCUAUUUUCAUCCUUCAGGCUACGGGGCUCAGCUAGGGGUUUUGAUGGAAGGCUAUGGAACCGGUGGAGCAGGCACAGGGUCGUAUCCUCAGACGCAAGCCCCUUACGCGAGUGAGCAGAGCGCAACUUUUACACCGGUCUUUGCUGAUCUCCUCCCGGAGGACAAGGAAACACCCUGCCCGUCAGAACCCAGCACCCCCACGGCUCGGACCUUCGACUGGAUGAAGGUUAAGAGGAAUCCACCCAAGACAGCCAAGGUGUCGGAGUUGGGUUUGGGCCCGCCCGGCGGCCUCCGCACCAAUUUCACCACGAGGCAGCUGACCGAGCUAGAGAAGGAGUUCCAUUUCAACAAGUACCUGAGCCGUGCACGCAGGGUGGAGAUUGCUGCCACCUUGGAACUCAACGAGACGCAGGUCAAGAUUUGGUUCCAGAACCGGCGCAUGAAACAGAAGAAGCGAGAGCGCGAGGGAGCCCGGGCACCCCCAGCUCCUCCAGGCUGUCCAAAGGAGGGAGCUGGAGACACCUCGGAUCAAUCGACGUGCACCUCCCCGGAAGCCUCGCCGAGCUCCGUCACCUCUUGA